AUGGAGGUUCCAUACCCGGAUCACAGGAGGCCACUUUACCUGGAGGGACAAAUCAAUGAUGUGUUCAUACAGAGGGGUCUGGUAGACACGGGUUCUUCUGUUAACAUCUUGCCUCUGUCUGUACUUACAGCAGCUGGUAUUCCACUAUCCAAGAUCGUGCAGUCCCAAACGAGCAUUAGCGGUUUUGGGAAUCAAAGUGAGGUUACGGUUGGAUAUAUGCAAGUAAAUUUGAAGGUAGGGCCCAUCCGGUCACUUACCAAGUUCUAUGUGGUGGACGUAGAUGUGGCUUAUCAUGCUUUGUUGGGAAGGCCAUGGCUCAACAAACAUAAACUUGUGGUCUCUACGUACCAUCAAUGUGUAAAAGGAAGAAUUGGGCUAAGACCACUCCGUAUACCAGGGAAUCAAGCACCGUUCAAUCAAAGCGAAGCUCACUACUCCGAGGCAGAAUUCUACACUGAGUGCACAGGCGCCGGAAGCAACCCCAUCCAAGAAUUCUGGGACUUACCUGCCGUGGACCAAGAUUCGUGA